AUGAGCGACACGGCCACGCCGCCUUCAGUUCUCGACAGCAGCCCCGCCGCGACUGCCGUUGACUUGCCAGCGAAGACACCGCCGAACCCACCACCGACGACCACCUCGUCAUCACCCUCCUCACCCAAACCGCUUAGGCACAUUCCUGCCCACAUUGAAAGUACUACCAAGCUUGCGAGAAAUGUAUCCCCAGGCCUCCUGGCACGCAUGAAAUUUCUCAACCAGAUCAACGACAACAACAACAAGAGUGCUGUUGACGUCGGCCGCAUCGAAGAAGACCGCCUGCGCCGUCUGGACGAGUUCCGCAAAGCCCGCAGCCUCGAGAUUGAGCGCCGCGGCACCGCCUGGAGUGGAAAGCAAGCUGGUCAGGGUCCACCACUGGUGGGUGCUGCAGCACAAACGCCGCUCGUGCCCCAGUCAACGGGCGAGAGCGUCCCGACGCUGGUCAUGGAGCCCGACUUCGACAGCGACCACAGCAGCGUCGUCUCCACCAGCGACAAAGUCCUCCCGUCCGAAUCCGAGGCCGAGAUCGAGCUUGACAUGCAGAAGUACCGCCUGCCCGAUGUCACCAAGCCAGAGAAGGCCCUCAGCGGUACCAUCACCGCUGCUGAGCCCGAGCCCACACCACCGGCCGCACCUCCCCAGAUAGAACCAGAGCCCAUCGCGCCUGUCGAAACAGAGCCCGCCGCACCCCCACCC